AUGGUCGGAAACGUCGACGCUCUCAGCUUCGAGAAUGUGUUGUCACUUGCCGCCAGCGCUCUGCGACGCGAUGAUAACACAGACGUCAGUCUGAAGACGGCUUACGAAGCUGUCGCUCUCAUCGGCCAUGCAUGCAUGGUCGCCGUGGGCUUCAGACUGGUCGGACUUGGAGAAGAACAUACCAUUGCAAGCUCCGAAAGCCUCUCUCUACCCUCCGAAUGGAAUUCGAGCGACACCUACUCCUUCCGCUAUGCGCACUCACAGUCCUCGAUGCAAUACCUGCUGAAAAUCAGCCGCCUAGGCAAUAAUGCCGUUAUCUUUGCGUUGGCUCUAGGUGAUGACCGCACGACAUCGUUCGACCUCCCUGUCAAAGAUUUCGUCUCCGGAUCCUCCCUCCCCCUAUCCUCCACGACGGAUGUGACCAACUCUCUCAAAGAUGUUUUCAUAUCGACGUCCCGAUUGAACGACUUGAUUGCACUGUUCAAGAUCAACGUGAUCCAGAGGCUAGCCCCCGGACUGUACAAAGAAGGAUAUGAGGACAGCAGUCGAUCCACACGCGAAGAACAACCGCAAACACAACGACCCCAGCGCGACCCCUUGCGAGACGAUACCCUUCCUGCCCCCGCGCGUCCUUACCCCUUCGAUGAUCCCUUGGCUGCAGCGCCCCGUCGACCCGGGCCGACGGUCGACUUUCCUCCUCCGGGCUUCGAGGAUGAAUUCGAGAUUCAACGACCUCCCCGCGGGUUUCCUCCCGGCAUGGGCGGUCGGGGCCCACUGAAUAUUGGAGAGCGAGACCUGUAUCCAGCUGGGCUGGGGCCGCACGACCCCAUAUAUGGUGGCAUCGGGCCUGGUCUUGGCGGAGCGGGCGGGGGCGGGAUGCAUCCCACUUUCGACGAUCCCCUGUUUGGUGGACGCGGAGGCAGACAAGGGUAUGAUCCGCAGAAUCCUCCCGGGUCUCGGUAUGAUCCUGUCGGGCCCGGAAGCGGACCGCCGUUUGGCAGAGGAGGCUUUGGUGGACGCGGCGCGGGCGGUGGAUUUGGAGGAUUUGGGGGAGAUAUAAUUUGA